AUGCCAUACCCAUUGAUGAGACCCGUGAGAUGCUGCGCCACGAUAUCCGCCAAUCGCGCCCCCGCAAACAUUGGCGAUCACCUUGCCGAUGUGGACACGCCAGCCCUCUUGGUUGACUUGGAUGUCGUCGAGCGCAACUGCGAAAAGCUGCGCCGCACAAUGGCGGCAUAUCCUGGUGUGGCCAUCCGGCCGCACGCCAAGGCCCACAAGUGCGCGGACUUAGCUCAACUGCAGCUGCGGCUACUAGCAGCCCGGGGAGUGUGCUGCCAAAAGGUGGUGGAGGCUGAGGCCAUGGCUGAGGGCGGUAUAACCGACCUGCUGCUGACCAAUGAGGUGGUGGCGGCUAGGAAGGUUGACCGACUGGUGGGGCUGGCGGCGGCGGGCGCACGUGUGGGUGUGUGCUUUGAGGACCCUGACAACCUGCGGCACCUCAACCGGGCGGCGGCAGCUCGCGGCACCACUCUGGACGUGCUCUUGGAGCUGAAUGUCGGUCAGGACAGGCAGGUUGUAGUGGAUGCGGUGUGGACACCCCCCAGCAGGCGGUGGACCUGGCCCGGACAGCCACCUCCCUGGACAACGUCCGCUUCCGGGGGCUGCAGGCCUACCACGGGGCCCUUCAACACGUCAGGGACCCAAGGGAUAGGGCGCGUCGCGUGGCGCAGGUUGGAGGCCGCCAGUGGGGUUUUCACGGAGGUCCAGCCCGGGUCCUUCGUGUUCAAUGACGCGGACUACAGCCGCAAUGUACAAGUAGGCAGUAGUGGGGGUGUACUGGAGGAAGAGGCAUUGGGCGGCGGAGGAUGGCAGCGCAGGGGAGUGGGAGCAGAGCCUCUGGGUGCUGACGCAGGUUGCAUGUUGGUGAUGUCCACCAACCCAUCCCGGGGGCUGGCGGUGGUGGACGCCGGUACUAAGGCAGUGUCGCUAGACAGCGGGCCACCGCAGCUGCCGCGCAGCUUCACAGAGAUGUACGGCGUGACGUUAGAGUACGUCAGCGGCGGUGACGAGCAUGGGAAGCUGCUGUGGCCGCAGGGCGCCUACCAGCUGCCCCCGCAGCUACCCCCCGUGGGAGCAAUGCUUAAGCUGCAACCGGGGCACUGUGAUCCAACCGUCAAUCUGUACGACUGGAUUGUUGCCGUACGGUCCGAGAAUCGGCUUGGUGGAAACGCCGCCGCCGUCGCUGGCGGCGGAGACGACCGGGAUGAUGACGGGGUGAUGACGGUGGUCGCGGUUUGGCCCGUCCGGGGCCGCGGCCCUGGACAAUGA